CCCUUUUAAUUUUUUUCUUUUGUUAUGUAAUUUUUAUAAAUUUAAAGACUCUUUUUCAUUCAUGAAAUACACGCAAUAUAUAACGAGUAUUCUACAGUUUGAAGCAUACUGAAUGGUAAAUCUUCCUUGAGGAGGAGUGGCAUUCUCACCGCUCUUUUGCCACCACGCAUCUGCGGUAUAAAAGCAACCUGCGUUGCAGCGCGCUUAGUUUCAUUUCGGAGUAGCCGAUUGUGAAACGUAUUUUCAACAUGAAAUUUCACAUUAUAGUCCUGACCACAUUGCUUCUGGCGACCAUGAUUGCCGCGUAUCCACAGAAAGAUGGGCAAAUCUUCAGCAAUGAGGCAAUCCGGCAAGCUCAGAAUACUUAUCUUAUCCCGAAGGAUGCGACUAUACAAAAGGUUCAAGAGGGUAUCGAAUUGGCCGCUUACGAAUCAAUCCCCGGGGAUCAGAGGAUCAAUCUUUUCGAGAUCUUGGGCGAGCAUGUGCCACCCGAGGUAGUGAACAAUCUUCAGACCCAAAUCGACCAAAUAGGUCGAAAUUAAAUUCUUCCCUCUCGCAUAAUCGUCAUUAUCGUCAUCAUCAUGUUAAAAAUAAUCAUAUCCUAAGUGCCUUCGUAGAAAAGUAUUUGUAAAUAAGUGAUUCUUUUGUAUCUUGCUUUUGUAUUACACAAAAAUUUGUUUACGUCUUGUAGAAAGUUUCCACUUUUCGUAAAUACAUUAUAUGAAAAAUA